AUCUAACGAAGAGCCUAAGCCGUGGGUGGAAAGCGUCAAGAAGCUAGGCGAGUAGGGUGCUGCAGCGCAUUCAAAUUGAAAUCGGUCGAUUGCGUGGAAAGAUGGAAAGGCAGUCUGGUGUCCGCAACUUCUUCUCUCAUAUGACGAACCCCGGCGGUAGGAUCGAUGAUUUAAAGAAAGAUUUCAGCGAAGCCUUGGCAACGUUCCAGCUGGAGACAAACUUGACGGUUGGUGCAAUAGCAAUCAAUCAAGAUCGAUUAACUCGUGGAGUAGAAGACUCCUCAGUUCUGAAUGAACUCAAAUAUCCUAUUGUUGCCCAUCACGAUUCAACUCACCCGUGCCUGAAAGACACUAGGAUUGAUCUGAUUGAGCGUAUUAUGGCGUGGUGUCGUACCACGGAGGAUAGCAAGAAUCGUGUAUUGCUGCUAACGGCCGUGGCCGGUGCCGGCAAGACAGCUGUUGCGCUCUCAAUCGCAGAGGAGUGUAAAAGAGAAAAUAUAUCAUCGUCAAGCUUCUUUUUCAAAGCAGGCGAGCAGUCGCGGCCGGACCAUCUAUUCAGCGGCAUGGCUCGAUCUAUGGCAACCCACGACCCUGCAUACCGUGCCUCCCUCAUAUCGACUCUUCAGGAGGACCCAGCCCUCUCGACUGCCCCAUUCGCGACGCAAUUCGAGAAACUUGUGGCUGAACCUCUCCGUCUCAGGACAUCCUCGUCUGACCGUCCUAUGGUGAUUAUCAUUGAUGCGUUGGAUGAGUGCGACACAAAGUCAUUCCCACGUCUUGCCGACAUACUUCGGAAAGCAGUCCCAAAACUACCACCUAACAUCAAAUUCUUUCUCACUUCGAGGCAAUUUGACCUCGUUGACCGUUUCCUAUCACCGAAUUACCCUAUCGAUCGCCUCACCAUCGAUCUUUCAGACGAUGCCAACAUGCAUGACUGUGCUGUCUACAUCCGAUCACAACUAUACGAACUGAGGGAUGUGCAUCCUGGUUUGGAAGAUGGAAUCGGGGAAGAAGAUACAUUAGUCCACAGCAUACGGGAGCGAGCGGGCAGCUUGUUCAUUUGGAUCAGUACUGUCUUUGAUUAUAUGAAGGUCAGUGGUAGUGAUGCUGCGAAAAUGCUGAAGAAACUGUUGGAUGAAGAUCUCAACCGAUCAAAGCCUUCCGCUGAGGAAAUGAUGGAUAGGCUGUAUGCAAGUAUUUUAGAGAAGUGUAACUGGAAGGAUGACGAUUUCGUGCAUGACUACCCGAUCGUGAUGGGAGCAAUUCUAAUCGUCCAGAAACCACUAUCUGUUGCGGCCUGGGAUGCCAUUCUCUCACCACUGCUGAAGUCGGACGUCCGACAUACAUUAGCUCAGCUUGCGCCCCUGAUCUCGGGGGUUGGGGAUCCUGACAAACCAAUUCGUAUUUUGCACCAAUCGUUUCGUGACUUUCUCACGGACCGAGUCAAUCCACAAUCGCCCAUACUUCAUCGGUUUGGAGUGGAUGCGAGGAGGGAGAAUGACCGAGUGGCCUUGCGCUGCAUCGAAAUCUUGAAUAAAGAUCUUCCCACUAUGAGGGAUUUGGGGCUGAUUAAGGGCUUAUCCCGUAAAGCUAAGCUGCCACUUGUUCCUCAAGAGGCGCUGUCCGAACACGUCCAUUACGCAUGUCGGCAUUUCGUGCAUCACCUCAGCCAAUUUCGGGGGCCGCUGGGGGCGCUCAAUGUGCCUAUUCACGCAUUUCUCAACAAGCAGAUAUUGCGCUGGGUGGAAGUCUGUGUGAGGACGGAAGGGUACAUCAGUAUAUCAUCGUUCCCUGAAUGGGCCAAGUUGAACGUUGAUCAGGCCUCCAAAGAGGUCAUUCACAAGUUGGUCAGAGUGUUUCGCAAUGUGAGGAGAAAUCUUGCAUUCUUUUUAAGAUUCCAGGAGGCGUAUGAGUUGGCAAGUGAUUCAGUUGCACUGUGCCGUUGCCUUGUGUCUACGGACUCAGAGUCCUACACCCUGGAUCUGGCUCGAGCACUCGGGAAUCUAGAUGCAUCACUCACCAACCUUGGACGACAUUCUGAGGCACUCCUCGUGAAUGAAGAAAGUGUCAAACUCUGGCGUGAGCUAGUUGUCGCCCAUUCAAUAUUAUACGCCCCAGGUUUGGCUCGAGCGCUCCAGGGUUUUUUUGUACCACUUGACAAGGUUGGACACCAUUCUGAGGCACUCACGGUGAUUAAAGAGAGUGUGCAACUCUGGCGCGGGCUAGUUGCCACCCAUCCAACAUCAUACACCCUGAAUUUGGCUCGAGUGCUCCGGAAUCUUUCUGUAUCACUCAACAAAGCUGGACACCAUUCCAAAGCACUCACGGUGAUUGAAGAAAGUGUGCAACUCUGGCGUGAGCUAGUUGCCACCCAUCCAACAUCAUACACCUCGGAUUUGGCUCGAGCGCUCCGGGAUCUUUCUGUAUCACUUGACAAACUUGGAUGUCAUUCCAAAGCACUCACCGUGAUUGAAGAAAGUGUGCACCUCUGGCAUGAGCUAGUUGCCACUCAUCCAACACCAUACACCCCAAAUUUGGCUGGAGCGCUCCUGAAUCUUUUUGCAUCACUUGACGCCAUUCCGAGGCGCUCAUGGUGAUUGAAGAAAGUGUGGGACUCUGGCGCAAGCUAGUUGACACCCAUCCAAAAUCAUACACCCCGAAUUUGGCUGGAGCGCUCCAGAAUCUUUUUAUAUCACUCGGCAAAGUUGGACGCCAUUCCGAGGCGCUCACUGUGAUCGAAGAAAGUGUGCAGCUCUGGCACGAGCUGGUUGACGCCCAUCCGGCAUCAUACACCCCGGAUUUGGCUGGAGCACUUGGGAGUCUAGAUGCAUCGCUUACCAACCUUGGACGACAUUCUGAGGCCCUCCUUGUGAAUGAAGAAAGUGUGAAGCUCUGGCGU